CCUCUCUGUGUCGCUGUGUGACAGAAAGAAGUGUUAUUUUUAGCGAGUAAACCUUAAAUGCAGCAGUGAUUAUAAAUUUUAAAAAAUGUAAUAAGUUUACUGGAAGAUUCUUGAGUCACUGUGGUUUUACACCAAAAUGAACCCCGCGUUCACACAGCUGUCGGAAAGUGAGUUGAGCUGCAGCAAGCUAAAAACAAGCUAGAAAUGGCAACAUUUAACGAUGACGUCGAUGCAGGUCAAUGUGUGGUGGUGGAGGUGAGCCCGGACAUCCACAUCUGUGGGUUUUGCAAACAACAGUACUUCAACUUUGAGGUUUUUCUUGCACAUAAACGAAAUGGAUGUUCAUUUUCCAACCAAAACACAGCCGGAAGCACCACGACAGCAACUCUCACAGAUCCCAACCCAGAGCUUGUUCUUGAGGAGGACAUCUACCAGACCUGUGUUGUGAGCGGGCUCAAAAAGACUCCGAACAAAGCACCGAAAAUACCAUUCAAAAAGUUAAAGCCAGUCCUGAGUUCAAAACGACACUCCUGCUGUUUCUCAGGUUGCAACUUCAAGACACAGUAUGGCCAGAAGGAUAUGGAGCGUCAUCUCAAAACUCAUACUGGUGAGAAGCCCUUCGAGUGUGAGCUGUGCCACAAACGCUUCAGUCGGCGCGACAAGCUCAACGUGCACAGCCGCUCGCACACGGGUGAGAAGCCGCACAAGUGCAAACACUGUCCGUACGCAGCAGCAGACAGCAGCAGUUUGAAGAAGCACCUGCGGGUCCACUACGACGAGCGGCCGUUCAAAUGCCAGAUCUGCCCGUACGCCAGCCGCAACUCCAGCCAGCUCACCGUGCACCUCCGCUCUCACACUGGAGACGCACCUUUUCAAUGCCAUCAAUGUGAUGCAAAGUUUAAAAUCAACUCGGACCUGAAGAGGCACCUCCGCAUUCACUCUGGUGAAAAGCCGUACAAAUGUGACUUCUGCGAGUACCGCUGCGCCAUGAAGGGGAACCUCAAGUCUCACGUUCAGAUCAAACACGGCCCGGAGAACUCCGUUCAGUGCCAGCAGUGUGACUUUAAGUGUGCGAGCAGGACGGCUCUGCGGCUGCACGCCCGGCACCAUCAGCCUGUUCAGUCCCAUCAGUGCUCAAAGUGUAUUUACUCCUUCUCCAGCAAGGGGGCGCUCAAAGUCCACGAGCGCAUGCACUCAGAGGAGCGCCCUUUUAAAUGUGACAUCUGCAGUUUUGCCUCCAAGCGGCUCAGCAACCUGCUCCUUCACAAAAAGAAGUGUCACGUUGAUCAACCGGAGAAGAGCAGCGGUGUGAGUCCUGGCAGAGCCGCAGGAAGAAGUGCGGGCGGCGACGCUACUAAACCUGUCAGUUCUAGGUAUCGGGCAAAACUAGACGCAGCUCGGGCCUUCUGCUGCGACUUGUGCGACGCUUCGUUUGUGAGGGAGGACUCACUGCGCAGCCACAAGAAGCAACACGCAGUCAGUCCACACAUGUUGGAGCUGCUGCUGUCCAGCCCAGCGCACACACUGGACCUGGUUCCUGUUGCAUCCCAGAGCAGUGCUCAGCUUGAAGUUCCCGUCUCGUGCUGCUCUAUGGUCCCCUACAGCAACGCACAGCUCAAAAUCAUCCUCUCUCACCCUUUAGGCCAGCAGAGUUCGUUGAUCCCUGCCGCUGCAGAUGGGACCAGCAGGACCAGUGUGGUCCUGCUUAGCCCUGAACACCAGGACAUGGUAGUUAACUCUAUGAUCCAGCAGGUCAACCUGCUGGCACCCGCACAACCUCUCGGCUCAUCCCAGACUGAGCCCCAGACUGUCCUCCUGGCCCAGCUCGGCUCGGACGACACCCCCCCCCUCCACCAAGCCGUGCUGCAGACGGCCGUAGCUGCUCAGGACUCCAGCAGCAGUGCCCAGACUCUGAUCGAGGCCUGCUCCGAGCUGGAAGACCUCAGCGCCUUGAUCCACGAGGCCAGCACCGACGUUAGACUGGAGACUAAAGAAAACUCUGUGGCGGUUACGGCUCCACCUGACGUGGGCGUGUCGAAGCCUGCCUUACCUGGACAGGACGGUGCACUGCUGGUUCCGAACGUCAGCCUUGGCAGCCAGGAUGUGGUCAUCCACAGCGUCCCACUGAUCGUGUCCGCUCAGAGCGCAGAGCAGCUUCCCCCUCACACACUCUACACAGACUCACACACACUGGCCGGCAGCUCACAGUGA